AGGUCAUAUGUUGCAUUCAGUGGUACCACUGCGAGUUGCUUUCCUGUUAUGGCAAGAAAGCUCUCAAAUUCAGGAAUCUGAAAGAAAUGCAAUAUCAGCAAGAAACAGUUGCAUACCCAGCCGGCUUUAGAGUUCAGAUAAUCUCUCCUUUAAGCAAUGCUAGCUCUUAAAUCUGCUUACAAGACAAUCUAUUUCAAAUCUAGCAGUGAACUCCAAGCCUCAAAAUGUGCCUUUCAUUUCAUGCAACUUCUAAACAAAAGCAUGUCUAUAUAUUAGCAAAAGAAUCACUUCUUUACUUCAGAAAAUUGCAAAACCCAGCAAGAUGAAUUCCGCCUGCUUCUUUCGCAUGAUCUUGUGUGCUUGCAUCAACAUCUGCUUGGUAUAUUGCGAUAAUCUCCAGGAUACUUGUCCAGCAGCUACUGCAGGCAAGCAGUCUAUCUUCAUCAAUGGUUUACCUUGCAAGAACCCAGCCAGCAUCACUCCAUCAGAUUUCAAGUCAACAAAACUGAGUAGCCCUGGGGACACAGACAACUUUUUCCGAUCCUCAACAACCAUUCUCACAGCCGCAGAUUUCCCUGGCCUGAAUACCCUCGGCCUCUCAAUUGCCAGGACAGACCUUGAUGUGGAUGGUUUGGUGGUGCCACAAUCCCACCCAAGAGCCUCUGAGUUGUUGUUUGUCAAUGCAGGAGUGGUGAUUGCUGGAUUUGUCGACACCAACAACCAACUUUUUCAAAAGAUUCUCAAGGAAGGAGAUGUGUUCGUGCUUCCUCGGGGUCUGCUUCACUUCUGCCUGAAUGCUGGGAAUGAGCCUGCCACCAUUUUCUCAGUACUCAGUAGCCAGAAUCCAGGGGUGGUGAGUGUCGCUGGUGCCAUGUUCGAUUCUGAUCCAGAUAUGAUAAACAAGCUAGUGAGGAAAAUAAGAUCUCUUUCUUCAUCACAAAUUAUUAGCUUGGAAAAUGCCACUCUAUUCGAACUUUAUUAGAAUAUCAAGGCGAUGCAAUGAGAAAAAUAGUGUUUCAUAUAAUGUAUCAUUUAUAUUGUUUAACAAUUAUUUAUGAUAGUUUUGAUUUUA